GGGGGCUGCGGUCUCACGCCAUGCCCGUGUGAAUAAAACAAUUUAAAGGAUAUAAGAGGGGAAGAGGUGCGCGCUCUCGGCGAAGCGCAGCAUCGGCGCCAGCAUCCGAUGCGCGUCCCCGCCCCGGUAGAGGCUGCCCGAGAUCCCGGGGAGAGGAGUUGGAGCUGCGCGAGUUAAAGUUGGGCCAAAAAGGGGGGUCGAGAGGAUGCUGCGGACCGAUCCACGACCUUAAUUAACGUAGCCUGCGCGGGGAAACGCGUCCUAAGUUGCAGGAUGACUUGCAGAGCACUGAGCCUAUGCCUCUUGUUUUUGGGUUUCCAACACUGCUCAUCACGAGAAUGUGUGGAUCCGCUCAUCUCCGGGCUCUACGCCUCCUCUUUCCUGGCCUCCUCCAGAUAUAACUUCCUGUACUCUGCUAAUUUUGCCAAACUGUAUGGCAGCAGCGGCUGGUCGCCGUCCCCCCGGGACAGACAGCCAUGGCUGCAGGUGGACCUGGGCAGGAAGUACCGGCUGAGAGCCAUCGCCACCCAGGGGACCUUCAACUCCUACGACUGGGUGACCAGGUACACGCUGCUGUACGGAGACCGGCCCGACUCCUGGACGCCCUACAUCAUGAAAGGAGGAAACUCAACCAUGCCCGGGAACUGGAAUUACUAUCAGGUGAAAAGGAAUGUCUUCCAUUACGCCUUCACUGCCAAACACAUCCGCCUGCUGCCUCUGGAGUGGAACACGGAGAACGGAGGGAAGAUCGGAGUGCGGCUGGAGCUGUUCGGCUGCCCUUAUGAUUCCUACGUGCUGCAGUACAACGGAGACGACUCGGUGGUCUACAUGUACCCCGAGAAGAGGUCCCGCACGCUGCGCGAUCACAUCGCAAUAAACUUCAAAACCCUGGAGCAGGACGGUCUGCUGCUGCACAGCGAGGGGAUUCAGGGAGACCUCUUCACCCUGGAGCUGAAGCGAGGCCGCCUCUACCUGCACAUCAGCCUCGGAAGCAGUAAUGUGCACAAAGUGAACGGGCGAACGACUCUGACCGCCGGGAGCCUCCUGGAUAACCUCCACUGGCACUACGUCACCAUCAAGCGCUACGGCCGGCAGGUGAACUUCACGGUGGACAGCCAGACGGUGACGGCCAUCUGCAACGGGGAGUUCACCCACCUGGACCUGGAUUCGCAGAUGUAUGUAGGAGGGGUAAUCGAGCAGAACCUGCCCCACCUGCCCACCACGCCCAACUUCCGAGGCUGCCUGGAAAACGUCUUCAUCAAUGGCGUCAAUGUGAUCGACAAGGCGAAGAGAGAGGAGAGUGACAUCCGCAUACCGAGGAAGAAAAAGAUGCACUUCGCCUGCCGGGACAUCCUGCUCAAACCCAUGACGUUCGCCGGGCCCAACAACUACCUACAGGUGCCGGGCUUCUUCCGGAGGCCUCGCAUGUUCGUGAAGUUCAAGUUCCGCUCCUGGGACUACACGGGUCUGCUGAUGUUCACGCGCUUCGCCGACGACCUGGGCGCCCUUGAGCUGGGCCUGAGCGAGGGACAGAUCAACGUCACCAUAUUCCAGCCCGGCAAGAAGAAACUGCAGUUCGCUGCAGGAUACAGGCUGAACGACGGCUACUGGCACACGGUGGAUUUAGCAGCCAGAGACAACCUGAUGACUCUCACUAUCGAUGAAGAAGAGGCUUCGCCGUUAAAGAUCACCAACCCUUUCACCAUCCGGACAGGAGACCGCUACUUCUUUGGAGGUUGUCCAAAAACCAAUAACACUAUACGAAAGUGUGAGACCAAGCUGAAUCGCUUCCACGGCUGCAUGCAGCACAUCUUCAUAGACAACGAGCAGCUCGAUAUUGACAUCAUUCUGCAGCGGCAGUGGGGGCGGUACGCCGAGCUGCUGUUAGGGACCUGUGGGAUCACUGACAGAUGUACUCCAAAUCCGUGUGAGCAUGAAGGCAGAUGCAUCCAGUCGUGGGACGACUUCAUCUGCCUGUGUGAGAAUACAGGAUAUAAAGGAGAAGUCUGUCACAUGUCGGUUUAUAAAGAAUCGUGCGAGGCCUACAGACUCAGCGGCAAGUAUUGGUCUGGAAACUACACCAUCGAUCCUGAUCUGAGUGGGCCGCUCAAACCAUUUGAAGUGUACUGCAAAAUGAAGUCGUAUAAAGCGUGGACAGUAAUAAUGCAUGAUCGAGCAGAUGGGACGAAGGUGACUGGGAGUUCAAUCGACCGGCCGUAUAUCGGAGACGUCAACUACUGGAACGCCUCGUGGGACGAAGUCACUGCUCUGGCCAACACCUCCCUGUACUGCGAGCAGUGGAUUGACUACUCCUGCUAUAAGUCCCGCCUCCUCAACACGCCGAACGGGCGGCCGUUCGGUUACUGGAUCGGCCGCAACAACGAGAGUCACUAUUACUGGGGCGGGACGUUCAGAGAGGUCCAAAAGUGUGGCUGUGCCAUCAACCAAACCUGCGUCGACCCCAAGUUCCAGUGCAACUGUGAUGCAGACUACAGACAGUGGUAUUCGGAUAAAGGCUACUUGGACUUCAGAGACCACCUGCCCGUGAGAAGGGUGGUGGUUGGAGACACCAACCGAACCGGCUCCGAGGCGCAGUUCACAGUGGGACCGCUCCGCUGCCACGGCGACAGGAACAUCUGGAACACCAUCGCCUUCACUAAGCCCACCUACAUCACCUUCCCCACCCUGCGGCCUGGAAACACCAUCGACAUCUCCUUCCACUUCAAGACCUACCGAGAGCACUGCGUCUUCCUGGAGAACUCAGACGACCAUCUCAAGAACUUCAUUCGAGUGGAGCUGAACACCACCCAUAACCUCGCCUUGGUGUUCAUGGUCGGCGACGGAAUCCUCAACGUGACCUUGCACUCUCCCGUGCCGCUCAACGACAACGAGUGGCACUUCGUCCAGGCUGAACUUAACGUGAAGGUCGCGCGCAUCAAGGUGGAUUACCAGCCCUGGACGGUCAAACGGCUGCCCGGCCAGACCUUCGUCACCAUGGACUUCACGCACCCGCUGCUUGUCGGUGCUGCGAACCGGACCCUCAGGCCUUUCUUGGGCUGCCUUCGAGGACUACGGAUAAACGGAGCUCCCCUUGACCUGGAAGGGAAAGUGAACGAGGCGCAGGGCAUCAGGAGGAACUGCACCGGGCAGUGCCUCAACGCCACCAUACCGUGCCGGAACAGCGGCCAGUGCAUCGAGGGAUACGCCUCCUACACCUGUGACUGCAACAACACGGCGUUUGAUGGUUUCUACUGCCAUAAAGAUAUCGGAGCCUAUUUCGAGAUCGGAUCGUGGCUGAAGUAUAACAUACGGAAGAAGCCCGUAUCGGACGAGGCGGCGUGGGCCAACUGGAUCGACCCGCACUACGACAACUUCAGCCUGGGCUACAACGACACGGCCGAGGAGAUAGAGUUCAGCUUCAGUACGGUUCACAAGCCCGCCGUGCUGCUGUACAUCAGCUCCUUCGUCCAGGACUACAUUGCUAUCCUCCUCAAGUAUGACGGGACUGUCGAUCUGCGCUAUAAACUGGGACUCAUAACACACAAGUACGAGCUGACCAACCGAAACCUGGCGGACGGAUACCCGCACUACGUGAACAUAACGAGGCACAACAGAACCAUCAAGACACAGGUGGAUUAUAUGGAGCCGAUAGUGGAAAAAAUCACUUUGGUUGAAGAUGCACGAUUCGACUCUCCUAAGUCCAUGUUCCUCGGCCGUGUGAUGGAGGUUGGCGACAUCGACUAUGAGAUCCAGAAACACAACGCUCCGGGCUUCAUCGGCUGCAUAUCCGGGGUGCGGUACAACGUGUACGCCCCCCUGAAGGCCCUUUUCCGCCCCAAUGAGACGGACCCUCCGGUCACCACGCAGGGUUACGUCUCCGAGUCCAACUGCGGUGCCUUCCCGCCCGUGCUGGGCUACGUCCCCUGGGAGGUGGACCCCUGGUUCACCAGCAUAGAGUAUAUUUAUAUCCACGAUGACCUGGGUCUGUUCUGGAUAACAGUCAUUGUCAUCCUGGCGCUGCUGCUGCUCUUCGGCGGCCUGUACAGCAUCUACGUCUACGCCUACCAGCAGAAGGGCAGUUACCACACCAACGAACCCAAAAACCUGGAGUCUCCCAGCAGCUCGCGGCCGCUGACCGAGACGCUGCGCAGGGAAAAGAAGAACCUCCCGGAAAUCGAGGAGGAGUUCAGGAGCGACUAGCACCGGCGGACCUCUGGGACAAUGGGUGGGCUUCGACGGGGGGUUGGAACGGGAAAUAGCACUAACAAAAAAAAAAAAAAAACCACAGAUACCUGUAUUCAGUUUGAAAUAUUUUGGUUUGUUUUCUUUCUUUUCUACAUUUUGCUUUGUGUCCUCUUCCCCAGGUGAGUGGGAUAUGACGCCUGGUGCUCUACACAGUAUGUAUUUUGGUGAAUUUUGGGUUGGAAUCAAGCCCCAGUGUUGCAUGAGGAGCCAGCGAGUCUCGCGCUGUACCGCAGGGCGACCUACUGAAGUGCCUCGUCUGAGCGAGCGUGAUCUGGAGUCACUGUUACGGCUUAUUCAGAUCAGACCCUGUAGGGCAGAGGGUGUUACGGAAACUUCAAUUGGCGCGUCGAUUUCAAACAUCCAGCCUUAUACCGACUGCUUUAUUUUCUGAGCCAUUUUCUGAGACCGAUAACAGCUAUCGAUAGCUUACUGUACCGAUCUAUCGCCAUCUAAAAACAAACCUUUGAACGACAAUCUCUCAUGGAGCCAUUUUUUGACACCGUCGCUUGUAAUCUGUCCCGGGGUUGAACAGU